AUGUUUGUGGCUGGCCUCGCCGUCAAUCCCACUCCUGCCACAAGGACCCGCAGCGAAUCUGUCGUAUCGAUUGUUACCACAGGGACCACCAGAAGGCCCUCUGGAGGAUCUUUUCUAGAGUCUACCGGAGCUUCGCAACUACCCCUGACAAGCCCAGAACAUGCUCCGCCAUCCCCUGCCGGCCAAGAGACGCUGCCCAAAUCACCCGAGCCCCUCGAACCAACAGAGCCCGCCAACCCACCUCUCAACGAGCGAGACCAAGUCUUUGAGGAACUUUUGGUUAAUUUGCAUGGUGCAUUUCAGAGAUCAACCGGCAAGGGCCGCAUAUGGGUCGACCCCAAAGCCAGGAGAGACUUUCGGGUAGUCAUCGUCGACAAGGGCGUGAAAUUACCUAUGCGAAAGGUUCCGCCAGCUGUCGGCGCUUCCAACUCUGAUGCUCCUACCAACCCCCAUUCGCCGCUUUCGCCGUUGAUCCCCUCAUCGCCCCUCUAUCCUGAUGGCCUCAUAGCCCCGGUAUGGGUGCGCAAACAUUCAGAGCUCGUCCCUUCCGUCUUUGUCCUCUUUUUGAGGUUGUACGAGUCACCACCACCCCCGACUGGGCUGGAAACGAUUGAAGAGACUCAAAGCAGAGAGUCGGAAGAUGGGCAGAGGGAGAAGGAGAUGGAUGAGCUGUUGAUCAAAGAGAUUAGUGAUAGAAGGAGACGGCUCGUAGAGAGGGGCAUCAAACUCACUGUCGUUCUCAUGGCGAGCUCACAGACUUUGGACUCGCCGGAUCUUGAUCCUCGACUAUCCCACAUCCGCCGGCAGUCUCAGAUUUCGUCCAAAGCGUCUCUAUUUGUGCUUUCCCCAGUACCGGCCGACCAGCUGCCUGAAUUCGUCGCAUCUCUUCAAGAAGCGCUGUACGAAUCGGCUUUCGAAUAUUACUCGCUCCACACCAAACGCGUCCGUCGAAAGCGCAGCCGCCUGCCUUCCAACCCUCCAAUAAAUUCGCCUGUUACGACAUCAUCUGGUCAAAAGAUACUAAGUCCACAAGGGUGGGCUGUGAGGUACGACUGGAAGCUCGGAUGGUUUGCAGAGAUACGUGGAGAGGUAGAGAUGGCGCGGAGACACUAUGAGGAUUGUUGGAAUGAGUUGGCAAAGAUGUUUGCCUCAACCACGACUCUGCCGCCUAGGACCAAGAGGUGGGCCGAGGCCAAAGUCUUGGCCGACUGUGUGGCGACAAGAAUUUGCAAGCUCUCUCUGUACGAUGCUGAAGGGCCAAGAUCAUUGGGCUCGUUCUCGGUCCACCUGAAACGAUUUGGCGAUCUCUCGCGAGGCUGGGGCAUUGGAGAGGAAACAUUCGAAUUCUGGAGCUGGAUUGCGAGGCAGUAUCGGAUAUUUGCAGAGCUUUUGGAAAUGGCUCAACAACAUGGACUCAGAAUCACGACUCCCUUGCCGACAUUCCCGCCGCCGGGGGCCGCAAGCACUCCUCAAAAUGUCAUGUACUAUGCCACCCCCAUCUCUCAAGGUAACCCCAGUCAAACUAUACAACAUCCUGCAAUCUACUAUUACACUGCCGCUUGCUGUACACUGAAAAGGCAAGAAAGGUUCAAGGAGAUAUUGGAAAUUGAGAACGACGCUCUCAGCUCGGAAGCCGGCAUAGCUUCAGGCUAUGUUUCGGCUGCUCCGGGCUUCGCCAACGAAAAGAAGGUCGACCAUUCCGCUCUGGUAAUCGAACUCUUCUCCAAAGCCUACUCUCUUCUCAAAGACCUCCCCGCCCCUUCGAACCGCACGGCGCUAUACAUUGCAUAUCGAAUCGCCGACACCUAUCACAAGACGGGACAGUACGAGAUGGCGAUACGUUUCUUUGACAGAAUUGCCAGUAGCUUCAAGAAGGAGAGGUGGGAUGAGAUUGUCAGGGAUAUUCGAAAGGUCUGGUACGACUGUGCAAAGGCCACUGGUGGGGUAGAAGGCGUGGGUAGGCUCAUUCUGGAAAUGAUGUGUGCGGGGAACAGUAUAGGGCAGGAAGAGAGGGAGGACUUGCAGGAGGAGCUCGUUUCUCUGCUAAAGACCACAGCGCCUUCAACUAGUUCCGACAAGAUCUUGAUAGAAAUGGAUGGUCCCCCUGAGAAGGAGCUGUUGGACGUGAGAGCUGGAUUUUGGCAACCCGAUGCCGCGGCUUCCCAAGAAGUUCCCUACCAAGUCACCCUCCGAUGCCCCUCCAAUGUCAUCAUCGGAAACCUUGAGUUUUCAGAAAUGGAACUCAACUUUACCGAUGAUCGUCUCCCCAUCAAGAUAUUGAACGAGCCGUCAACUUCAGGGGGACAUGUUUCAGUAGUGGACCUAAAUACCACGACAGUGGCACCGUUGAAAUGGGCACCAAACCAGGUUCUUGUCCUCAAUGGAACUCUCACCAGCACCCACGCGAACGAAGUGCAGCUUGCCAAUGUCAAACUGAGGUUGAAGCAAGGCUCCUGGGUGUUCGAACUGGCAUUUGUUCCUGGCGAGAUUACUGGCUGGAUGACGAAAAAGGGCAUCGUCAACCACGGGGCAACUCUGUCAUCAUCCGUGUUCUUCUCCCCUGAACCCCAUAAAGUGGAUGUCGAGAUCACCCAUCAACCAUUCGCAUUUGUGGGUGAAGAUCUGCCCAUUCAGGUCAAAGUGAUCAACAACGACGAAAGGACCAUGGAGGCGACGUUGUCGAUUUUCAUGCAGCCUGCGGAGGACGGUGAAGAGGACGGCUCCAGGAUCAGCGUAUCUGCACAAGAGACCACGACCUUGUUGAGGGACAUCGCCUUGGGUACUCUUGCCCCUGGAGCCUCGAUAUCACUACCGGUCCACCUUUGGGUACCGGCAGAGUCCACUAAAAUAAUCGAUUUCGCUCUCCAUACCACCGUCAAUGGUUCAGCCGAAUCACUAUCGGCUUCAGCAGAGACGCAUAUGACCGAGGAGCGCCCGGAGGAAGUCAACCGCACGGUCGUUGUUCCCGUCCUCAAAGCGUUCGCCAUCGAGACAAGCGUAAAGCUCACGCAUCAAGGCAAGAAAGGGGGUGAAGGGGCGGUGGGGUUGAACAUCCGUGUCGGAGGGCCGCGGCGGGUGAUAGUUGAAGGAUUGGAGCUGGUAGCAAACAAAAAUGAUAGAGAAGUGAAAAUGAGAUCUACAUCGCUCGACGGAGUGACCCUUUCUGAAGAAUGGGAUGAACAGACGUCCUAUGCCGUAUGGGCAGUAUUCGCCCUUGCUCAAGGCCACCGUGGAGCCGUCGGCAAUCCCAUACUUAUCCCUGCUGAGCUGGUUAUAUCUUGGAAAAGUGACUCGGAGGGCCCGCUGGUCAAGACGACACACCCAUUGCCCCCUCUCUUGAUACCGCCCCCAACAGACUCAUUCUUGAUACCGACACUUCACUUACCUGCGCCGGCAAUUGUCUCUCCGCACACCGCUUUCCCUCUCUCUGUUUCAAUUCUGAAUACACACCCUACACACGCGGCGUCUGAAGUCAGCAUCGUGGCCGAGACUUCCGAUAGCUUUGCUUGGGUAGGCAACAGACAGAUCAGGUUGACUGAGAUUGCCCCAGGGAGAGAGACAGAGGUGAAGCUGGAAUGUGUAGCAUUAGGAGGUAGCGGAUGGGUGAAGGUGCCAAACAUAAUAAUUUGGGAUGGGGACGGGGAAGAUAGGGAGGAGGUGCGAGUGAAGGGUGAUAGCAUGGUCUUGAUCAGAUCCACUUGA